AAGGACCCAGUAGAAUAACCUUACGUCACUCACUGCAACACCACGUGUGUUGUUACGUCAGUGGGAAGAGGAAAAGAACAAAAUGGAGGAGUACGCGAGGGAGCCUUGCCCCUGGAGGAUAGUGGACGACUGUGGGGGUGCUUUCACCAUGGGGGCAAUAGGUGGAGGGAUUUUCCAGGCUGUCAAAGGCUUUAGAAACUCUCCCUCUGGAAUGAAUCACAGAAUGAGGGGUAGCUUGACCGCCAUAAAGACCAGAGCUCCACAACUAGGAGGAAGCUUUGCGGUUUGGGGUGGCCUCUUCUCCAUGAUUGAUUGUGGGCUGGUGAAGGUGAGGGGUAAAGAAGACCCCUGGAACUCAAUUACAAGUGGGGCCAUGACAGGAGCCAUUUUAGCUGCAAGAAAUGGACCCGUGGCCAUGUUUGGCUCUGCUGCAAUGGGAGGUAUACUACUUGCAUUAAUAGAAGGUGCAGGAAUUCUGCUCACAAGGUUCGCCUCAGCACAAUUCCCAACUGGCCCACAGUUUGCAGAAGAGCCUGCUCCCAUGCCUGCUUCGUCAUUCGGAGACUAUAGACAGUACCAAUGAAAAGCCCUUUAAAACUCAAGGCCUUUUCUAUUCCAUGAACUGAACUGAGACACUGAAGUUACAGUGAGGACCUCAUUCAUCAACAGAGCAUGCCAUCAACCAUGAAUGACAGUGACAAAAAGAAUAUAAAGGGCAAACACUAUUGUCCCUGUUAUUGUGAAAGCUUUUUGCUAUUCUCAGCCUUGUCAUUGGCCUCUAUUUAAGUUGUAAGGAAAUCAAACUCAGACCUGUUUUUUUUCAUCCAUAUUUUCUGUGUUUUUGUUUUCUGUGACCUCAUUUUGUCCCUUACACAGCUGGACAGGUUUGAUGAAGCUAUAGGUAUACUGUUUGUCAUGCUAGGUUUUUCAUGUGGAGCCCUAAUCAGUUUGGUUUUGUGUGUGUGUGUGUGUGUGUGCGUGUGCGUGCGUGCGUGCGUGCGUGCAAGCAUCAGAGAGUUUAAUACAUGCCCGUGUAUUGAUUGUUUGCCUUAAUUUAAAAUUUUCAUGGGCCAAUAUCAUAGUGGGGAUUUUUAUUGACCGGUUUAUGCCAAACCUUCCCUUGCAAAACUUGUUCCUUCACAGUUUACUAUUUGAUGUAGUUAUUUAUUUUCUAGUACAACUUCCUAAUUUCUAGAUGUUAUAUUAUAUUGUACUUUACGGAUUUCUCUACAGUGAAUAUUGGUUUAGUUCAAAUGCAGCAGAGAAAAAGGUGAUGAAUGGACACAGUUGUCUCUUCUGUUGGAUUAUGAACAAAUUUAGGCUGAGAAACAGUAAAUAAACUAGUUAUUACUCUAUGAAAAGCA